AUGGGCGGCACACAAUCAUCGUCAACUUCAACAUCUUCUACAACAAAUUCUACAACAACAGCGAUGCAAGCUCAAUUUGAUGCACAAGUAUCAUCAUUUUUAGAACAUGCCAAACAUGAAUUUGAACAAAAAUAUAAUACACCAUCAAAACAGACAGCUAAACUAGAAGAUUUUAUUUUAAAUAGAACAGUUGGAACAGGCUCAUUUGGUCGUGUUAUGGUCGUAUCACAUAAUCAUACAAAUUAUGCAUUAAAAAUAAUGGAAAAAGACACUGUUGUUAAAUUAAAACAAGUUGAACAUACAUUGGCUGAAAAAAGAAUAUUACAAGCAAUUAAAUUUCCAUUUAUUGUCAAUUUAGCUUACUCAUUUAAAGAUAAUUCACAUUUAUAUCUUGUACUAGAAUUUGCAUCUGGUGGAGAAAUGUUUACUCAUCUAAGAAGUGUUGGCAAAUAUUCAGAAGAUCAAACGAGAUUUUAUGCAGCUCAAGUCGCAUUAGCUUUUGAAUAUUUACAUUUUUUAGUAUUGAUGACAUUAGAUAGUGAAUGA